AGCUCCCGUUAGCUCCGCGCUAAAGCUAAAGCUAAGUGCCGUGUGUAAAAUGUGUGAAAAGAGGCGCAGACUGAGAGCGCAGGUGACAGAGCGGCUGACUGCGGCUGCGGACGAGAUCUUUGCGCUGUUUGAAAGAACAAUAGCGGAGUAUGAGGAGGAACUGAGCCGCUCCAAAGAGGAGAACCAGAGGAAACAGCGGCUCCUGGACUCGGCUCUCAGUCCACAGCUCCGGCUCCACGGGACACAGGGCGUCCAGAUAAAGACGGAGAGGACGGGAGCCGGCCCCAGUCUGGACCUGUCUGACCCCAGGAACCUGCUCCAACAUUCCCCAAAGCAGGAAGAACUGGAAGAACCCGAGGACUGGACCCACGACUGGGAGCCUGAGGCAGCGGGGUCGACACAGCUCAACAACUCGGACGAAGAAACGGACAAACACAACCAGGUCCACAGCCAAGUCCACAGCCUGUCCUCAGACAUGUCCAGAGUCACGAAGCUCCGCACAAAAUGUGACGGCGAAGGUAAAAUCAAACACGAAUGCCCCAUUUGUCAAAAAAAACUCGGGAGGAAACAGGAGCUGAAGCGACACAUGCUGCUCCACACGGGAGAGAAACCUUUCAGCUGUCCAGUCUGUGAAAAGAGGUUCAUCCAGAAAAGUAACCUCAAAUCUCACAUUGUCACUCACCUGGACUCUGUGGACACUAUUAUUCGACACCAAAAAGCGAGUGAGGUGAACCGGGAGGAGAUGGAUGCGGAGGAGAGGGGGAGAGCAGAGGAGCAGCAGAGGAGGGAACGAGAGGAGGAGGCGUGGAGAGGAGCAGAGGAAGAGGAGUGGAGAGGAGCAGAGGACAAACUCAUGGGACACCCCUCUGACUCUGAUAACGAGGAGGAGUGGACCCGGAUGGUGGAGGGACCUUGCAGCAGUUCAGCUCCGCGGGUGGAGGAGGGAGACGGCGCUGCGCUGGAGCGGCUCAGCUUCUUACUGAACCAGGCGUUAAACGAAAGUAAAGAGCGAGGACAGACCACGGUGUACCAGUGUCCCAUCUGUGACAAGGUGUUUGGGCGAAUGGAAAAUCUGAGGAGGCACGUUUUGGUCCAUACGGGGGAGAAGGCUUUCAGCUGUUCAGUCUGCAGUAAACAGUUCACCCUAAAACAGCACCUGAAGCUUCACAUGGUGCUUCACACGAGAGACAAGCAGUUCACCUGUUCGGUCUGCUCCAAAACUUUUAUCCGUAAAGAUAAUCUGCGCUCGCACAUGAGGAUUCACUCUGCAGACAGACCUUUCGGCUGUUCAGAAUGUGGCGCUCGAUUCUUCUCCGACCAGGACCUGGAGCGGCACAGGACCAUUCACACUGCAGAGAGACCUUUCGUGUGUUCAGUUUGUAACGCCAGCUUCUUAACGCGGCGCCAUCUCACCAGACACGAGAAAAUUCACAAAAAAGAGCAGCAAAAAUCGGAUUAAGGCGUUUGUUUUCACGUCUGAAGAACUUAAGUGUCUGGAGUGAACCUGAAGGAGUCGGUUUGAACGAGGACGUGAACUUUUGUGUUAUUUAAAGCUCCUGUAUGACACAAAACUGACAGCUAACACGUGUUCUAACGCUGUUACCUCAGUGUUUCAGUCACACGUGUUUGAGUCGCACUUUAUUAUUCGUCUGUCACAUCUACAAAGCUCAAAACAUGACGUUCCACCUUGUGAUGUCAUCAAGUGGUAGUUUUCACGUUAACAGCUCAUUUUAUCUUUAGUUCAGUCGAGAUAAGUGGCAACUGAAGAUUCGCUGAAAUGAUCCAAAUGAUUCUAUAAAUGAAGGUGUGUGGAGUUUAAAAACACAGUGGAGCACUUCCUGUAUCACCACAUGAUGACAUCACAAGGUGGAACAGAGCGUUUUCUUCAGUUUGAGAGAAGAGCUCAACCUAAAUCUGCAGGUUUGUGUGUUAAAAAUGUGAGAAUGAAACAAAAAACACAACUCCAGGUCUGUGUGUGACGAGGAAACAUUACAGAAUUAAUUUAAUUUGCCACUACGACCACCUCUUAUUAUUUUUUUGUGUUGAUCUUGAGACUUUGUGAAGGCAGCAGAGAUUGUUUAAAGGACUUAUCGAUAAUGAAUGAACUUACUUCUUUAAAGCUGCUGUGGUUGUUAAAUUAAACCUAAACUUAAAGUGCGUCUGGCAGGUUUCAUGUUUGUCUGAUUCUGAUUUGUUUUGAUGGAUAAAUAUCAGAGUUUUACAUCAGGUCAGGGGCAGAUUGUGGGAUAAACUCUGGACAGAAAAGUACAAAAGUGCAGGAAGUCGCUCCUUCGUUGUCGUGACACUCGUGCUCCAGAUCCGUUCACCUCGAGGAAGCUUCAUUAAACUGGAACGUCAACACAGAAAACUCCAAACACAGAAAGUUUAGGCCCAAGAAAGUCAUUUUUUAACCCUUUGUUUCACUGAAUAAAGGCGUCUUUUGUU